CGAGAGGACUUCAAUCCCCGGCAUGCAACGCGUGCUGCCGCGCAAGCGCAGAUGGGUUUAUUUAGUAUACAGGCAGCCGGAAGCUCUUCUCUGAAAUUGGCCGAACGGGGAUAGUUGCCUGGUGUGACGGAGAGGUGAUGUGCAGGCAGCCGGACGAGUGACCAGGUCACGGCAGCCAUGACCGAGUGCUUCCUGCCGCCCAGCAGCAGCCCCGCCGAGCAGCGCCGGGCGGAGCACCCGGGGGGCGUGGCGCGCACCCCCAGCUCAGAGGAGAUCAGCCCCACCAAGUUCCCCGGCUUGUACCGCACCGGCGAGCCGUCGCCGCCCCACGAUGGCCAUCAUCAUCACCACCACGAGGUGCCCGACGUCUACGUCUCUGACGACGACAAGGAGCACGGCAAGAAGAAGAACAAGUUCAAGAAGAAGGAGAAAAGGACGGAAGGCUACGCCGCCUUCCAGGAGGACAGUUCAGCGGACGAGGCAGAGAGCCCGUCAAAGAUGAAGCGCUCCAAAGGAAUCCACGUGUUCAAGAAGCCAAGCUUCUCCAAGAAGAAAGAGAAGGACUUCAAGGUGAAGGAGAAGGAAAAGGGCCCCAAGGAGGACAAGGCCAAGGACAAGAAAUCCAAGGACCUGACGGCCGCCGACGUUGUGAAACAGUGGAAAGAGAAGAAGAAGAAGAAGAAGCCGACGACAACGGAGGCAGAGCCUGUCCCAGUGGAGGUCCCCACCUUCAGGCCGAUCUUCGGAGCUCCCCUGACGGAGGCUGUGAAGAGGACGGCUCUGUAUGACGGCAUCCAGCUGCCGGCCAUCUUCAGAGAGUGCGUGGACUACAUCGAGAACUACGGAAUGAAGUGUGAGGGAAUCUACCGGGUGUCAGGUAUGAAGUCCAAGGUGGACGAACUGAAAGCAGCGUACGACCGCGAGGAGUGCCCCUGUUUGGAGGAGUACGACCCUCACACGGUCGCCAGUCUGCUGAAGCAGUACCUCCGCGAGCUGCCGGAGAACGUGCUGGGCCGAGACCUGGCCCAGCGCUUCGAGGACGCCUGCGGUCGGCAGGUGGAGGCCGAGAAGAUGACGGAGUUCCAGAGGCUGCUGUCCGAGGUGCCGCCUGAGAGCCGGCUCCUCCUCUCCUGGCUUGUCACGCACAUGGACCACGUCAUUGCCCGGGAGGCCGACACCAAGAUGAACAUUCAGAACAUCUCCAUUGUCCUCAACCCGACCGUACAGAUCGGGAACCGAGUUCUUUACAUGUUCUUCACACACGUGACGGAGCUGUUUGGCAACGUGGUGCUGAAGCCGGCAGUGCGUCCCCUCCGCUGGUCCAACAUGGCGACCAUGCCGGCGCUGCCCGAGACCCAGGAGAACGUCAAGGAGGAGAUCCGACGUCAGGAGUUCCUGCUGAACUGCCUGCACAGGGACCUGCAGGCGGGCGUGAAGGACUUGUCCAAAGAGGAGCGACUCUGGGAAGUUCAGCGAAUCCUUACAGCUCUGAAACGCAAACUGAGGGAGGCCAAACGUCAGGAGUGUGAGACUAAAAUAGCUCAGGAGAUAGCGAGCCUGUCCAAGGAAGAUGUUUCCAAAGAGGAAAUGACAGAAAAUGAGGAGGAAGUCAUCAACCUCCUCUUGGCUCAGGAAAACGAGAUCCUGACCGAGCAGGAGGAGCUGAUCUCCCUGGAGCAGGUGCUUCGUAGACAGAUCGCUACCGAGAAAGAAGAAAUCGAGAGACUGCGAGCGGAGAUCGCGGACAUACAGAGUCGGCAGCAGGGUCGCAGUGAGACGGAGGAAUACUCAUCAGACAGCGAAAGCGAGAGUGAAGAUGAGGAAGAGCUGCAGAUGAUUUUGGAAGAUCUGCAGAAGCAAAACGAGGAACUGGAGAACAAAAACACCCACCUGAAUCAGGCCAUCCACGAGGAGCAGGAAGCCAUCUUGGAACUCCGUGUCCAGCUUCGCCUCCUGCACAGCCAAAAACUGCAGCAGGAACCGGCUGUCCAGCCGCCGCCGGCCGAGCAGGCGCCGCCCGCACAGCCGAGCCCGGAGCAUCGCAGCGAGGAGCAAACCAAGCGCUCUGUAAAUGCGGUGGUGGCCGCUGCCACCGCCGCCGCCGACACGGCUCCCUUGACCGAGGGCAAGGCAGCGAAGGAUCCUUUGAAGCCCUCACCGAACAAAGACAAGAGAGACUCCAGCAUGUGACAGGUCGGCGACAAAUCUGCCACUGGUCAGUUGUCUCGGUUAGUGUCGCUUGUUAAUCCACUGGAGACUUCACAUUGCUGGAUCAGUGCAUUCAUUAAGUAACAGUGUUCACAAAGUGGCAGCCAUGUAAAAAAAUAUUUUGUAGGUCCAAUGACUCUCGGCACAAAUCCAUUACAUUGUUUGCCCCCCCCCCGCACUAAACACAAACACAAAAUAGAAAUAGAGCAGCUGCUGCAGCGGACAGACGGCUACGAGUGUGAGAGACGAGGAGGGGAAGUAUAUUUUCAAAUCCACAGUGCCAAGCCUGUAUGAGGGGAAGAUAGAGUAGAUUACAGAAAGUUUUUUUUUUUUAUUGUUUUUUUUUACAGCUAAAGUCUUACGAAUUAAUCUGUAACUUGUUUCGUCCCUUACCUAAAUGCAAAAUCUCCGAUGUUAGGACAGAGACCACUGUGCCAAACCUGAAGAUGCCAGACUGGACAUGUUUCCCCCCCAGAGAACCACUAAUACAAAAAAAUGAUCUUUGAAUAAUGAAGAAUUUAUGAUUGGUCUAUCUAUAUAUUAUAUAUUUAAGUAGUAUUCUGAAGAAUACAAAUGACUAUUCAAGAGAUUUCUUUUUUCUUUUUAAAAAAUUAGUGCUUUUUAGUAAUAUAUGAAUAUAUGUAUAAAUAUAUUGUAGAUGCUUUCUUUUUUUGGAGCAGCAGGGGCGGCGGUGUUGUACGUCACAGCUGUGACCAGUGGGUGAAAAAAAACACGGGACGGCAAACAAAUACGCAGAAAAACUAUAUUUGUCACAUUUGCAAAACGUAAACUUACCAGUUGGAGGCAACACUUUGCUCCGUAGUGAAAAAUAUCUUUACCGUCAUCACUUCCGCUUAAUGCUCCAGACGAGGAAACGUGGGAAAGGGCAUUUCUCCAGCGUAACGAUGGGAUAAUAAAUCUUUUUUGUCUCCAAUUUGUGUGCCGACACACACACACAAACACAGGAAAUGUAUUUAGUUUUGCUGUGUAUUUGAUUGUGUGUGCGUGUUUUUCUUGUUUAAACUAUUGUUGCGUGGAGUUAUUAUUUAUGACAUCAGUCGGCAGUAAAAGUGAACACAACGUUACUCAAUCAUUUAAUUUCGCAGCAGAUCCAUGACGGUUGUCAAGUAUUUGUCAACAGCAUGGGCUGACUCACUCGCCGCAUCUGUACAUUAUUGUAAAAUUGCAAACUUACUGUACCUUCAGCUCUUAUGUUUUGUCAUGUCCUUUUUUUAAAUUAACGAUCCGUAUGAAGUUUGUUAGUGCGACUGCGUCUGCUUUUGGUCAGAGUCAAAGCCGAAGCGAUCUCACCCCCCGGACUCAUGAUUCAAAGCGUGUUUAUUUAAUCCUGUGACUGAAAAAGAUAAAAGCGCUCGAUUAGGGUGAGAAGCUUCUUCUCACACUUUUAUUUUCAUAUCGUUCCCAAGCUUUUGUAGCUUUUUUUGGUUGCAGACAGAAUAAUGCUGUGAAGAAUAAAGUGUCAAUCCGAAUAAACCAUCUUGAACCUA